GAAUAACUCGAACGUAGAGCAAGUUAUUAAAAAUUACUGAUUGUAUAGACGGAGAUAAUUACUGACUAUACGAUGUUUUAAUGAACGGAAGAAGAGGAAGACAGUUUUUAUAAAUUCUUUGCAUAUCGUACAUUCGUCUUACAUCUAAGCUUAUUAUCUUAUUACAAGCUCCGCUUAUAAAUUUUUACAGUGCUUUCUUUUCGAAAAAAAAAAGAGAAAUACGAAGGAUAGAACAUAUAUUAAAAAGAACAUAGUAUAAUCCGCAGAAAUGCAUAUUCUUCCUGUAUCAUUUGCAUUAUUCACGUACGUUGGAUAUUGGCGACCAGUAAACUGGCCAAAAAAUUCUUUCAAAUCCUAUCUGUAUAAUAUUUACACUCUAUUCAUGAUAUUCAUCUUAUGUUUAUUCGCAUUUUGUGAAAUCGUCGAUGCUUAUGUCGAUCAUAACGUAAAUACCUUCAUCGAAAAGUUUACUCUUACGAUAUCGGUCGUAGCAGUGUGCAUUAAAGUUAUAAAUCUUAAUUUGCGUCGGGAAAGUGUUAUCUCAUUGAUCAAUAUGCUUUUGAAAGAUGAUUGUAUACCACGGAAUUCGGAGGAACAAAAAAUAAAGCAAAAAUUCGACGAGAAUGCUAAGAAGAUCACGAUUUAUUGUGAAUUUUUAAACGAGGCAACAGUUGUCUUUGCCAUAAUAUCACAGAUCGUAGACGCCGUAAAGGAACGUAUCCUGCCACUUGCCAAUUGGACUCCUUACGAUCAUUCCUCGAACAUCAUGUUUUGGCUGUCUUUGAUUCAUCAGUCGGUAGCUCUUUUGGUCUGUGCAAACGCAAGUGUUGCUCAUGAGACCAUCAUUUCUGGAUUGAUGUUACAAAUUUGUGCGCAAUUGGAGAUACUCGGUCACCGUGUAAAAACGUUGCCAAUGUUACUGGAAAUGGCGAGAAAGAAUUGCGAUAAUAUCUUUCAUUGGAAGAGAGAGGAAAAGAGGAUCAUUCGUGAAUUGAUCGAGUAUCAUCUUUACAUAUACGGUUUUGCUACUAGAGUCAACAACGUUUUUACCACGAUGAUCAUGCUACAGUUCUCUAUAAGUUCGAUUGUACUCUGUUUGACCGUUUACAGAAUGUCCAAGGCAGAAAUCACUAGUUUCGAAUUUUUGUGGGCGGUUUUUUACCUUGCUUCUAUGUUUAUGCAAAUCUUUCUCUAUUGUUGGUACGGCAACGAAGUGAUAUUAAAGAGCAUGCAGAUUGGAGAUAUGUUUUAUGAAAUGGAUUGGACAUCGUUAAGAACUGACAUUAUCAAAAUUCUUCCUAUCGUAAUGUCUCGAAGUACAAAACCUAUUGAAAUGAGAAGUGGCUAUGUGAUAGUAUUGUCAGCUCAAUCGUUUACAAGUAUACUGAAUACAUCGUACACAGCUUUCAACGUUCUGCAAAAAUCCUCGUCAAAAAUGACGAUUUUAGCAUCGACUUUGAUGAUUCUCAGUAUCUGUGGAUGCUGGAGACCUCCAUCCUGGUCAUUCUCAUAUUACAAACUAUCGUCUUUAUCUUUAUCCCAAAUCAUUGGUAUUGCCCUAAACAUUUCGAGCGAUCUUUCCGAAGAAAUUUACAUAUCUUUGACGAUUGCUGUAUCCUGUCUAAAAAUGUUAACUUUUAAAUUCAAUCAUAACGACGUCGUCAAGUUAAUUAACACUUUGGCAGAGGAACCAUAUAAGCCAUCGGAUAAUGAAGAAAUUCAGAUUCAAUUAAAAUUUGAGAAAUUAGCACGGCUCAACACGAACGGUUAUACAUCCUUAAUAGGGUUUUCGGUGAGCAGUUUCGUAUUUAUGUCUUUGAUUACAGACCUCAAGGAAAAACAAUUAACUUUUCAAGUUUGGUUACCGUUUGACAGUACGACAUCUGUUAUAUAUUAUUUAACGUACACUCAACAAAUGUUAGGUAUGACAUUAGCCGGCUUUCUUAACGUCGCUCUAGAUUCUUUGAUCUGUGGCAUUUUUAUACAUAUUUGUUGUCAAAUCAAGAUCUUGGAAAAUCGUUUGAUGAAAAUCUCCAACGAACAGGAGGCACUUUUAAAAUUGUGCGUCCGUCAUCAUGAAUGCAUAUACAAAUUCGCAGAUAACGUAAAUAAAAUAUUUGGACUUAUAAUGUUCAUUCAGUUUUUCGGCAGCACGAUGACAGUCUCCUUUACGUUAUAUCAAUUAACAAAAAUAUCAUCAACUUCUGUCGAAUAUGCAAAAAUGUCGCUCUACAUGUAUUGCAUGUUAAUACAAAUUUAUCUUUACUGCUGGUACGGAAAUCUAGUCACUUUAAAGAAAAGUUAUAUCUCAAAAAAUAAAUUGAGCUUUUUUCAUUCGCAUAUAAAUAUGAGUGCAUUAAAACCAAUAUUUAUUAUCCACAGCCUCUGCGGAUCGCGGAGACCUCCAUCUUGGUCGCCCUCAAUUUAUAAAUGUCUCCUUUAUAAUUUAUACACGAUCACUAUAGCUUUUCUAGUAUCAUCACUGGCUUUAUCACAAAUGAUCGGUAUGGCUUUAAAUGCAGAUGCGAGCAAUAUUUCCGACGAUAUUUAUUUAUUCUUGGUACAAUUCGUAUCUUGCUUUAAAUUGUUAAGUCUUGUAGUCAAUCGUAAUAAUAUCGUUGACUUAAUUGUUACUCUGGGACAAGAACCACAUCAGCCAUUGGACGAUGUGGAAAUGAACAUUCACGCAAAAUUUGACAGAUUAUGUCGGUUCAACACUAACACUUAUACAUCUUUUGUCGUAUUUACGGUGAGCAAUUUUUUAUUACUCUCAUUGUUUACAAGCUUUAACAAAAGAGAAUUAACUUUUCAAGCUUGGUUGCCGUUUGAAGUCAACAUGGCACCUAUUGUAUUUUAUUUAUCGUACCUUCACCAAAUGCUAGCAAUGAUAUUAGGAGCAGUGAUUCACGUCGCUCUAGAUACUAUAGUCUGGUAUCUUCUAAUAAACAUUACUUGUCAAAUUAGGAUCUUGGAAAAUCGCCUAACUAAUAUCACGAACGAACGAAAGGCCACUUUGAAACUUUGCAUUCGUCAUCACGAAUGUAUAUACAAUUUUGCUGCUGCCGUAAACGAAACAUUUAAAUUUACAAUCUUCAUUCAAUUUUCUGCAAGUACAUUGACGGUCUGCUUUACUCUGAUCCGAUUAACGAGCAUAUCAGCGAAUAAUUUGGAAUUUAUAAAAAUGCUAUUGUUUAUGUCUGGCAUGUUAGCCCAAUUGUAUCUCUACUGCUCGCAUGGACAUUUAAUCACUCUAAAGAGCCAAGAAAUUGUCUACGAAAUGUUCCAGACAAAUUUGAUGGAGCUAAGCACUGACAUCAAGAAGAGUCUUUUGAUUAUGAUGAGACGUACGACGAGACCGAUCAUCAUUAUCGUUAUGAAUCUUUUUCCUCUGAAUAUCGAUUCGUUCGUGAGCAUACUUAAGACCGCAUACUCGGCAUACAACUUUUUGGAACAAACUUAACAAGAGUAAGUAGAAAAGAUGAGGAAAAAAAAACAGAUACAAAUGAUUUGAAUUAGUGUUUAGGUAUGAUAGACGUAUGAUGUAAAUAUAGAAAAUUACAAAAAAGAAAAAAAAAGACAAGAAUAAAAUAAUCUACUUGCAAGAAAAUUCAUCGGGCUUUCUGUUUUAUCACAACUAUAUUUUCUUGAAAAAUGUGAAUAAUUGUAGUUGCGACAACUUGAGUGCUUACAUCAUAUUCGAAAUUGUUUUCAAACGGUGAAACUAAAGGAUAAUUAUUGGACUAAAAACAAGUAACGAAGAGGUAGAAUAUAAAGAGGAAUUUUUAUCUUCACUGAAUCCUUUUACUGUUCGCAAAUAGCUACCUCUGCAAAAAGACAAACUCAGCUACAUCAUAAUAAUUUUAUGUCAAAGCAAUUUUUUCCUACCAUAUCUUCCGCUUCCACGCACAGUGCAUAAGAAUAAUUAAUAAUCAAUAAUGAUAGAACAUUGAAGGGUCGUCGUUCUUUUCCAUCAAAGUAGAAAGAGAUGCUUUAAAUAAUAAAAUAUCAUUUAAAGAAAUGCAUCUUUUCAUAGUGGUUAUUAUAAUAAUGACAUACUUCGAUUACAACAUAUAAAAUUACUUUAUCAUUCAUGUGAGAGAGAAAGUAGUCAUAUCAAUAAAAUAAAAAUAUGUGCUUUUAGUUUGUGAGAAUAUUUC